GUAGACACGUACGACGAGCCUGUCUCCACGGCAACCCUUCAAACAAUCGCUAUAGAACGCAUCUUCAAGAGCAACAACAACGACUACGUAGUAGGAGUAGUAUAGUAGGUCCUAGACAUGGAUGCUGCUUCCUUCCUUCAAAGUAACUGUACUUCUAAUGACUCCGCUGCCAAGAUCCCUGUGGAGCACCUGGAAUAUGACUACAUUGAAAAAUGCAAAGAUACUAAAUACCUGGAGAAAAUUCUUCGAUUAUUGAGAUCUGGCAAGGAGGGCAUUUAUCCUCAUCUGAUUGAGUUUUGUGAGAAUCAUCUGGAGAAACUAGACCCUCACAGCCGAGCACUGAGGAAGGAAAAUCCAGUUUCCACAUCCUCCAAUCUUCCAGAAGAUGAGAGGAGCCUUAUUGAACAGGAGUUGAGGAUGUGGCAAGAUGAAAGCCGAGAGACAGAGAUGUCUCUCAAAAGGCAUUUGAUGUUCGAAGAUGAUGUGGUUCAAAGUAUGCCGCCUGUAAGAGGGUCCAACUACUCUGUUCCGCUCAGUGGGGACUCUGCUCCGACAGGAAAGUGGAGGUCUUCGAAAUGUAUCAAACCACGAGAUUAUCGAGAAUGGGACAAAUUUGAUGUGGAGAAAGAAUGUAAGAAAAUCGAUGGCGACUUUAUCAGAAACGAUGAGCCUGCAAGUAUAACCACAGAACACCCCAAGGCUGAAGUGGAUCCUUCAUUGCUGACAACCGAGGAGAAGCUGCUUCUGGCAAAGCGCGAAAAAGACAAAGGCAAUGAAGCUUUCCGAGCCAAGGAUUAUGAAGAGGCAGUUGCAUACUACUCAAGGAGCCUGUCCAUUAUGCCCACGGUGGCUGCAUACAAUAACAGAGCUCAGGCAGAGAUCAAACUGAAGCAUUGGACCAGUGCCAUGAAGGACUGCAACAGUGUACUGGAGCUGGAUCCCUGCAAUGUGAAAGCUCUGCUUCGCCGUGCCUCCGUCCACAAUGAAAUGGGAAACGGGCAACUGGCUGUUGAAGACCUGACAACUGUGCUGAGAGAGGAACCACAUAACGUUGUAGCCGCUCAACUUCUGGCUGAAACUCCAAAGAAGAUGACAGAACUGCGACAAGGAAAGCAGAGAAAAGGCAAAAAAAUCAUCAUCCAAGAAGUAGAAGAGGACGAUGAACACAAUAAACCCCAGCAGACCGAUUGUCCGGUUGAACCAAGCCAGCUUGUGGGAGGGGACGAAUGCUCAGCUGCUCCUGCGGAGAGGGGAGACAUGGGUAACGCACAAAAGAGGCCCCAUGGCAAAGGGGAUGGGGCCCCGCACAGCGAGUCCACUAACUCCCAUCACGGACACCGGAGGAGCAAAGGUAGCGGCUCAGACAAGUUCAAAGUCUCGCAGGAGUCCAAGGAAAAGGUAGCUAAUGGAACGAGCAAGAGAGGCUCAGCGGUGUCGGGGCAGGUUGAUCAAGUCAGUAGCGGCAAGGAGACUCCAGUUGGUGGAAGUGUUGGGGAACAUGUCAAUCUCGAUGUACUGUGUGGAGCCCUCCCCAUGUCGCUAUCCCGCUUAAAGAAUGAAGGAAACCUGCUGUUUAAGAAUGGACAGUUUGGCGAUGCGCUGGAAAAAUACUCACAAGCUAUUCAAGGCUGUACAGAUGCCGGUAUUGAUAGUCCAGAGGACCUAUGUAUUCUAUACUCCAAUAGAGCAGCUUGCUACCUGAAAGAUGGCAAUAGUCAAAACUGCAUACAGGAUUGCACAAGAGCUCUGGAGCUGCAGCCAUUCUCUCUCAAGCCCCUCCUGCGGCGGGCCAUGGCUAAUGAGUCUCUGGAGCGCUACCGAAAGGCCUACGUGGAUUACAAGACUGUGUUGCAGAUAGACAGCAGCGUGCAGGCAGCACACGACAGUGUUAACAGGAUCACGCGGUUGCUUAUUGAGCAAGACGGUGCAGACUGGCGAGAGAAACUCCCGGAAAUCCCGGCGGUUCCCCUGUCAGCCCAGCAACACCGCAGAGAGGAUCCAUCCAGCGCCGAGGUCAUCCAGGCUCGGGCCGAGAAGGCUGCUAGAGAUGCUGAAACAAAAGCAGAAGUGCGUUUUGCUCGUUUAAAGGAAGAAGGGAAUAUGUGUGUGAAAAAGGGCCAAUACCAGGAUGCUCUGGGAAAGUAUUCCGACUGCCUUAAGAUGAAACCAGAGGAAUGUGCGAUCUACACUAACAGAGCCUUGUGUUUAUUGAAACUGGAGCGAUUCAUGGAGGCCAAACAGGAAUGUGAUGCAGCACUCAAACUGGAGCCAAGUAAUAAGAAGGCCUUCUUCAGACGAGCCAUGGCCAACAAAGGCCUUAAGGACUACCUGGCAUGCAGUUCGGACCUGCAGGAGGUGCUGCAGCAGGACCCCAACGUGCAGGAAGCAGAGAAGGAGCUGGAGGAGGUUACAAUUCUAGUCAAGCAAAGUCUGGAGAAACCCAGGAAGAUCAUCCCCAUUACAGAGGUGGAUAGUGAUCAUGAAGCAUCAGUUGUUCCGAGCUCCGAUAAUUGCUUCAGGGAAGAGUUCAGCAACAAAGUGCAACCAACCAACGCCUACGAAUUCGGCCAAGCUUUAAAUAACGCCUGCGGCAGCGGCAACAUGGCGGCGUGCGCCGACAUGCUGGCUUCAACAGACCCAGAGAAGCUUCCACAGUUUUUGAGUACUCACCUCAACGGGCAGACCAUGAGCUUCAUUGUGAAGGUGCUGGACUCAAAUCUUCUGGAGAAGGACCCGAACCUAGUUUACCAACACCUCAGUCAUCUACAUACUGCUGACAGGUUCUCGGUUGCAUUGAUGCUACUGGAGAAGGACGAACGCAGCCACGUGCACCAGCUGUUUGAGCACCUGUCAGCUGUAGAGAGCACAGAGUUCACCAAGAAUGACGUUCAGAACCUGGCCAACAUAUACAUCUGAACCAUCCACCUCAUCCGCCCGGAUCAGCUGCUGCACUAACCACACCUCUCGGGUCUAUGCAAAACUGUUGUGUGCAGGCUGCUGCAAAAUGUGUCCCAAAGCAAUAUAUUCAAAUGGAAACACAUUGACUUUAAUUGCGCUGUACUGUAAAUGACCUGAGACUAAGUUUAAAGUGAUUGCAUAAAAAUAUAUUUUUCUUUAAAAGGCAAUUUUGCUACAGAGAAUUACUUUUGUACCACUAUUCAUUUAAGUAUUAACAGAUUCACAGAACUAUUGAACUUGACUAUACUAGUAAAUUGGGUCUAAAAUGAGUUUUUUCAGUACAGGUGACCUGACUGUGGUAAUUUUCAUAAUAUCGGAAUGUUGAUAUAUGAGCAUGACAUUCAGGGAAUUUGACGUUGGGCUAAUUAAGACAUUCCUUGCUGUAGGGAAAGACCACAAAGUUCUAAAUCUUAUAUGCUGUAUUAUUGUUAUGGAAGACAUAUUGUAGAUCUGCAUGAUCCUCUUUAGUACUGUUAAGUGCCGUAUGGCAACAAUAUCUGUUCAACUUCUGAAAAUACAGCUUAAAACUAACCCAAAUGUUGUGUUUCUUUAAGCAGCCAUUAAUAAUGGGCAGGAAGUACGACUUUGUAAUUGAUUGGACAGCAGUCCAGGGUUUAUUCCGCUCUAAUGAGCUAAGCCAGUUGGGAUAGGUUCCAGCUCCUGCUGAGAACCUGUAAAAAAUAUAAAGCUUAUACAUUUUUGUUGUUGAAUUAGCACAGUGACAUACCUAUGAAACAUUAUGUGGGUCACAAAAUAUUACGAUGAGAAAAAAAUAAAUGCAUAGAAUGUGAUACGAGCACUAGGAAUGUCGCUUGCAUGUGAUAUAUAUAUAUAUAUCAAUAUAUAUAUUUUACAUAAAAAAUAGCUCUAAUAAUUUUUUGUAGGCAUUCUAUCUGCACAAACCGAAG